AUGGGCAAGACUUCCAAGGAUAAACGUGAUAUAUACUACCGUCUGGCCAAAGAGGAAGGAUGGCGUGCCAGAAGUGCUUUCAAAUUAUUGCAAAUAGACGAACAGUUUCAUAUUUUAGAUGGAGUCACAAGAGCGGUUGAUUUAUGUGCCGCUCCUGGUAGCUGGUCCCAGGUGCUUUCUAAACGUUUAUAUGAAAACAGUAAGGAUAAGGAUAACGUGAAAAUCAUCGCUGUGGAUUUGCAGGCCAUGGCUCCCUUAAAUGGUAUCAUACAAAUCCAGGGAGACAUUACAAAAAUUCAAACCGCCAAAACCAUUAUUGAUCAUUUCGGUGGAGAAGAUCAAAAGGCUCAAUUGGUUAUAUGUGAUGGAGCUCCAGAUGUAACCGGUCUCCAUGAUAUUGAUGAGUAUAUACAAAGUCAAUUGUUGUUGGCGGCCUUGAGUAUAACGACCCACGUUCUAAUGCCUGGUGGAAAUUUUGUUGCUAAAAUAUUUAGGGGCAAAGAUACAAGCCUUUUAUAUUCUCAGUUGAGAAUAUUUUUUGAAAAGGUAUCAAUUGCUAAACCGGCUAGUUCUAGAAAUUCUAGUAUUGAAGCAUUUGUAGUGUGUCAAAAUUAUCGUUGUCCCGAUGGUUAUAUACCACAAAUGAUUAAUCCCAUGAUAGACGAUGUUCAAGUCAUUCAGAAUGCCACCGAUUCUGAAGUGAAUCGCACAUUGAUACCAUUUGUGGUGUGUGGAGAUUUAAGAGGUUUCGAUUCGGAUAUGUCGUAUAGUUUAAAUUUGGAUGACGAUUCGGAAUACACAUACCGGGAGGUUGUACAGAAGCCAAUAUCUCCAGCUUAUAAGGAAAUAUUGGAUAAAUUAAAGAAUUGUUCCAUUAAACACAAAGCCAUAACGGUGCGACAUGAACACGAAACAGAUGUGAAUGAAACUGAAAAAUAG